AUGGAUUGUGUUUCAUCCAAGAAAAGAGGGAGCGCUGUGCGACAGGAAAAUGCCUGUUUGUCUGUGCACGAUGGCCCUUUUAUCACUGGCUUUGACAUCGGCUCCUCCCAAAGCCAGAGCCGUGUUGCUGCUCCACGGAAUAAUGUGACAAUCAUGAGUGAGCACAUCCGACACCUGGAAGCAGAACUGGUGGCUCAAGCCCAGCACCUAAAGGAGGUGGAAAUGAGGGCAAACUGUAGUCAGGAAGAAGCGGCUCACAAUGAGAUGGUGGCUCUGUCUUUAACUGAGGAGGUCAAUGCUCUGAGAGACGAGAUAGAGAACAAGACUGCACUUUGCAAACGAGCUGAGCAGCAGAGAAACCAAGCUCUUGAAAAUGCAGAGAGGCUCAAAGAAGCAUUCAGUCAAUACAAAUCCACAACUUUGAUUAAAUUCAAAAAGCUGAUGGACAGUGAGAACAAACUCAAAGAAAACCUGACCAGCUGUAACUUGGAGAAAGAGGAGCUGAACAUCAAGUGCUCCGUUUUAGAGAAAGAGGCACAACAACAGCACCAGGCCAUCAGUGGUCUGCAGGCGGAGGUGCGUGAGCUGAAACAGUGUGCCUCUGAGCGCUCCCUGUUGCAGACUGAGUUGGAGGAGGCAGGCCGCAGGGUGACUGUGAUGGAGAAACAGCUGAUGGAGCGCAUGGCUGACUGCAGGGAGGUGUCUGCUCUGCACAGGGAGGUCCAGGACCUGAGGAAGCACAACCAGAGCCAAGAGCAGCAGAUCCAGCAGAGCCAGAGUGAGGCGCUACAGAGCAGAGCCGAGCUGAACAGUCUGGAGGCUGUGCUACGGCUGCUACACCUGCAGGAGGGAGGUUUGGGGCCCCUCUGUGCACGGCCAUGUAUGCUGCCGUCAUUGGACUUCUCAGGAACUGCACAAAUAAUGCAGCUGCAGCCAGGUGAGGGGUACCAGCAGCUGUUGAAGGCUCUCCAGUCUGUAGAGUCAGACCGGAGCAAACAGCAGAGGGCAGUCGAGAGGCUACAGGAACGUCUGACUCGAGCCCAAGAAGAGGUCUCUUCUCUGCAGAGCUCCAUGGCACAGAGGGCCUCCCACUACCAGAACCUCCACUCUGAACUCAUGGACAAAGUCAGCCAGGCCACCGACACCGAGAAGGAGCUGAAGAGGAAGAGUGCUCGUGUGGCUGCUCUGGAGAAACAGCUUCAGGAGAAGACCUCCGCCUACAGCCAGGCCGCUCUAAGGAAUACUGAGCUCGAGAAGCAGCUGCAGGAGAAGACUAGUACUGUGGAGCACUACCAGACACUGAUGAGUAAAAAGCAGAGGGAAUACCAACAGUCGCUCGAUAAAUGUAAGAAAACACAGAACCAACUGUCAGUGGAACAACAGCACAAGAUGGAGAUGUUGGAGUCAUCGGUGAAAGAGGUCCAGUUGCGUCUGCUGGAGACAGAGGAGCUGUUUGGUUCUGUGCAGGUGGAGAGAGACGAGGCUCAGAAUGUGGCUCUGCUUCUCCAGAGCAGUGUGGACAGGCUCACACAGGAGAAGGAGCUAGAAGAAAAGCACCGUGAGGAGCUGGAGCAGAGAUUAAAGGAGGAAUCUACUCAGUCCACCUCAAAGAUGUUGGAGCUUCAGUCAUCUCUGUCCAACUGUGAACACCAGCUCCAAGUGUAUGUGCAGCAAAUGGAGGAGACACAGAGGAGAUACGACGCUGAACUGCAUAGGAGCAACGACAAGGUGUGUUCACUGCAGGAGAAGCUGCACAGUACAACGCUGGUUUAUCAGACAACCAGUGAACACAACAUGCAGCUGCAAAAGUCACUGGAGCAGACCCAGGCCAUGCUUAGUGAAGGCACCAUGAGGAUCUCUGAGCUGGAGGACAGUCAGAGCCAACUGCAGAAACAGGUGUCUGACCUGGAGCAGCACCUGGAGCGGGCUAGAGCCUCUCUCCAGGAGGCAGCACUGAGCCGAGAGCGGGACGUCCUACAAAGAGACAAGAGCCUAGAGGAGGUGCAGCUGGAGAACACACAGCUCACCAACUCUCUCAGCCAUCUGUCGACAGAGAUGACCAAGUACAAAGUGGAACUGGUGUCCAAAGAGUCUGAGCUGAAGCAUCUAAAGAAGGACGUAGCUCAGAAGGCGUCUCAGAUCAACCACCUGGAGGAGAGCCUGCACAGGACCAAGGCUCUGCUGGACACCAAGACAGACAUGGUGGCAGACCUGGAAGAGACGCUGCACCGCUGUGAGGCUGAUGGGCUGCUCUGCAGACAGAGGGCUCAGGCUCUGGAGCACCAGCUGGAGGUGGUGAGAGCAGAGCUGAGGGACACAGUACAGAAACUGCAGCAGCUUGGGGACCUGCUCCAGAAGACUCAAGGCAUCGCAGAGGAGAGACAGGCAUCUGUUGACAGAUUGAGCCUGGAGUUGAGUGAGUGCCGGAGGGAGCUGGAGGACAGAACACAUGAGGUUCUGGACAUGGACAAUGCCUUGAAGGAAAGACAGGGGGAGUUGCAGCAAAGAGCCCAGCUGUUGGGACAGUUGGACGUGGCCAUCCGCGAGCACAAGCUGGAGAUGCAGAGGAAGGUGGAAACUCUACAGCAGAGUCUGGAGGCCACAGAGCAGCAGCUCAGAGAGGCCCAGAGACAGCUGACCCACAGGGAGAAUCAGGAGAGUGGAGAGCUGAGGGUCUGUCAGCACAAACUGGAGGCUGCUCUUGUUGAAUCUAAAGAGACUCUGCAGCGCUGUGAGGCUCUGAGCACAGAACUGCAGACCAUCCGACAGCACAGCAAGGACAAGGAGGAGGAGCUAUCCCGUGUAGAGGAGGAGUUCGCACUGAAGGAGGCGCACUGGCUCCACACUGAGGCCAGGCUCCAGGAGACUGUGACCUGUCUGGAACAAGAGCUGGAGCUGGAGAGAGAGCAGCACAGCAAGGAGCUGGAGUCUUUGCAGCAGACCAGAGGCCAGCUCCUCAAAGUGUCCGAGCAGAUCUCCUCCACCAUGAAGUCCUCCCAAGAGCAGCUCAGCACCAAGAUCCAGCUGUGCCAGGACCAACUGGAACAAACCAGGACUCAGUUGGACCAAACCAGGACAGAACUGGACCAAACCAGGACUCAACUGGACCAGACCCAGACAGAACUGGAUCAGACCAGGACUCAACUGGACCAAACCAGGGGAGAACUAGAUGAAACCAGGACUCAGCUAAACCAAAGCAGAGCAGAGUUGGAGCACGCCCGUAGCCUGGCCGUGUGUCUGCAGUCUCAGCUGGAGCAGAGUCAGUCUCAGCUGCUCCAGAGCCGAGUGGAGCUCCAGGAGGUCAGGGGGCUGUAUGACCAAACCAGGGCCCAGAGCGCUCAGCUGCAGAGUCGGGUACAACAGCUCUCUGCCCGAGCAGAGCUGAGCCGAGUCCAGGCUGAAGACCUCCAGCAGCAGCUCCACGCCUCGCACAAGUCUGUGGAAUCUUCCCAGGACUCUCUGCUCAUUAAGGAGUCCGAAGUGACCCGUCUUUUGGGUAAAAUCUCCAGUCUGGAACGAGCCGCUGAUCGCCAACACCUUGCCCCUUCUCUCCCUCCUCCCUUGGCCCCACCCUCUCUGCCCCUCUCCCCUCGUACCUCUCCUUCACUCCCCCAGCAACCUCCACCCACCCACACCUCCUUCACCAAAAACCAGAAGGUUUCCGACUGGUUACAAAGCAGCACCAACAACUCCUCCCUAGAUCUAUCCCCGAGUUUGAAAACCGCAUUGAAGGAUGCUUUGAAGGACCAUUCGUCAGUGUCGCGUUCCUCCAUCUCACCGUUUCCAGAGAACACAGUGGACCAGAGCUGGCAGGGUUUGACUUCUGUAGACAUCACAGGUACCACCGAUCAAUCCUUCAACCCUUUGACGUACAUGAUGGAUAAGCAGGUGGAUGAGAUUGUGGAGGAGAGGGAGGAGAGGGAGGAGAGGGAGGAGAGGGAGGAGAGGGAGGAGAGGGAGGAGAGGGAGGGGAGGAGGGAGUCCCGGGGAACGCUGGCGCCUCCUGAAGAAGACGAGGAGGACAAUUUGAGCACACUAACAGGAAUGCUAAGGUUUGUGAACCAGACUUUGGCCAUGCAGGAGGAUCAGUCUGUGUGGAAUAACAAAACGUGAUAUUAGUUCCAGGCGGUGGUUAUAUAGAGUUGUUAAGUGUGAUGUCCUUCAGCUGAUUGAAAACAAUGAACAUGUUUACAAUUUUUCUUUUCACUUAAAAUCAGAUUGCAAUUGAUUAAAGCCGUCAAGGUUAUAAGCAUGUAUCUAUGGUUAUGACUGUGACAGAAAGUGUAGAAGGGAGGUUGAAGUAAGAAGCUAGGCUAGGCUAAGCUCGUGUUAGUAGCGACUGACAGUUAACUGCUACUAAACUGCAGUAGCAAAAGAUGACGUUUAAAUCUGUCAACUGGACAAAUCGUUGUAGGAACAGAUUUAAACUUCUUCUUUUGCUAUGGAUCAGACCUGGACGACUGAGGGAUUACACAGACAUACUAAACUGUAGUGUCUUUUUGGUGGCACAUCCAAUUAAGCAGGAGUCCCACUCAUUUCGAUGGAGAAUUUGAGAAAAGUUUUGCUGCUAAAAUCUGAUAUAAAGUACGGUAGUUUGAUUUGUGUAAAACAUUCUAUUCAUGUGACCAACAAGUCAACUUCCAGGAUAAGGUGAAUAGGAGAAAUUGGAGUAAAGUUUGUUUGUCUUGGGAAAAUAAGGUGGGUUUGGAGGCAAAUGUCAAUACUUAAAGGUGCAAUGCAUAACUUUUCUAGUGGAGAGUUUGUCACCAGCUUGUUUUCAUGGAGAAGUUAUUGCAUUGCCUACCAUGUUCCACAGUUUGAUAUUUCACUUAUUUAUCUUCAUGGAGACAACCAUCAGGCUAAGUUAUAGGUCACAUCUGUGGUUUAAGGUUUUUAAAAAUAAAAACACCUGUAAUUCAAUGUAUAUAAGAUAGCUAAGUCUAAUGACAUACUGUGGUACAUUUCAGGCCAAAGAAAUAAUAUUUCCAUGGAGAUAAGCUGGCAGUGGACCCCACACCAGAAAAGCUACAUAGUGCACCUUUAAGAACAGGUUUACAUGUGCAUGAGGUGGGCCACAUGAUGUUACAUAAAACAUCUAAUGGUCCAACACAGACACACCCGCUCCUCCUAUUGGUCACCCUCUUUUAUCUGAUGUGAGUGACAGAUGGAUUUAACCAACCAAGGAAGUGUGAAGUCAUUAGCCGAUAGAUUUAACUACCUUUUAAUUCUAAAUUAAGCUACUAUAAUAUUGUGUAAAAAUGGUGACUUAGGCUCUAAGUCUGGGCCAUAUCAUAUUCAUCAUGUAAUUGCUUGUGCACUGGAGCUGAUUUUCCUCUCAGUUGUGAGGGAAGGCAGACUGAGAUUGCAGCUAAUAGCUACUACUAACAUGCACACUCAAAAUCUGGUUAUUAUCAGAUUUCUGCACAAAAAAAUUGUUCUUUGUUAAGAUGAGGUCUUAUGCUUGUUCUGAUAAAGCUCAAAAUGGCACUUUCUUUUUCAGGAAAGCUCAGAAUUUGUCCUGUUAAUGUGUUUUUUGUUUUUGUAGUAUCUAUACUUACUUAUGCACAAAUGAGUUUCGAUAUUUUAGUAUAUAUUAGUAUCUGAUUUUCAAUACUUUGGACAACUCUAAUAUAAACAGCAAAAUCAUCUCAUUUCUUUCUGAUAAUGGUCCCUCUGAUUACUCACAUCAGAGUUUGCAGUUUUCAUGUCUAAUCAAAUCAUCAUAAAGGUCCAGAAAUCAGAUAAUAAUCAGAUUUUUGUGUGCAUGUGAACAUAGUCACUCACUGUGGAGUCUCUGUUGAUGGUAAAACACAAUAACGACAGAAAGGCUUUGAGAAGUGGAAGCAGAACUUAAAAAUUUUAACAGCUUCAAACGAGCCACCAAAAAGUACAUUGAGGUGCGUCCUUUAUUUCGUGAUUAAAAAUUGGUCCACCACUGGCAUCAGUAUGAACCAAGGAGAAAGAGCUAAAAUCAUACAAUGGACAGUCAUGGCCUAAAAACUAAACAGGGUAUCGAAAAGUUCCCCUUAGAGAUUGCACAGCGUUGAUCUCAAGCUGUGAUUCCAGUAGCUUUUUUAACCAAACUUCAGCGCACCUACCUGCUUUCACCACAAGAGGGAGACAAAGCCACAACAUCGUAACUUACAACUACUGUCU